CGAAGAAACUUUGAUCCUGACGAGUAAAAGACGGAAAGAAAACAUAGGAAAUAUUGGCAUAGAAGCAACACUCGCAACUUCCAUGAAAAAUCACUGUCUGUGAAUGGAUACUUCUAUCUUGGCCAGAUUUAAAGUGUGAAAGAUGGUGUUCUAGUCGGAUACCCGCUCCCCACGAAAAAAAAACAAAGAAGAGAAGAAGAGUUUGGGUUGCGAAAAAAAAAUUCAUUUUGAAAUCUUUCCACUUCCAAUCCAACCAUAUUUGCUGGUCUGAAGAUGGGUGCAGUUGGUUUGCUCGUCUCCGAUUUCAUAAUGUCUUUCAUGUGGGUAUGGUCAGGGGUUCUUAUUAAGAUCUUUGUGUACAAGAUUUUGGGGUUGGGCCAUGAACCCAGCGGCGAGGUUAUCAAGUGUGUGCUCUUGAUCAUCAACAUGUUCUUCUUCACGUUCUUGGCUAAGAGUACCAAAGGUGGGGCGUACAAUCCUCUCACCGUGUUGGCUGGUGCCAUCUCUGGGAAUUUUAGCCACUUCCUCUUUGGAGUUGGUGCUAGAAUCCCAACUCAGGUGAUUGGAUCUAUUAGUGGGGUUAGGCUCAUUAUGGACACCUUUCCAGAAGUAGGACUUGGGCCACGAUUAAAUGUUGACAUCCAUCGAGGUGCAUUAACAGAAGGAUUCCUGACAUUUGCAAUUAUCAUCAUUUCGCUUGGUCUGACCACAAAAAUCCCUGAAAGUUUCUUCAUGAAGACUUGGAUCUCAAGUGUCUCCAAGUUGACUCUUCAUAUACUAGGCUCUGAUCUGACUGGUGGAUGUAUGAAUCCAGCCUCUGUGAUGGGAUGGGCUUAUGCACGCGGGGAUCAUAUAACGAAGGAGCAUUUACUUGUAUACUGGCUCGCCCCGGCGAAGGCAACUCUGCUGGCAGUGUGGAUUUUUAAGUUGGUGAUUCGGCCAAUAAAAGAGAAGAAAGCAAGCAUGAAGAGUAAAUCAGAAUGAAAGUUUCUUGCUUUUCAAAGUUGGGUUGGAUGAUCCAAUCUGAUGGCAUUUAGGUAGGUGAAAAUGGGUGAACUUGAAACACUAUUUGACUUGAAGGAAUUCAUCAGUACUUUGUAGUAUAUCAUCAAUUCCUUCAGGUAAUCAAUUUGUAUUUACAUUCCUUUCAGGAUGUCCAGUUGAUUCA